UCUGAAGUGGCUGGAAGAGGGAAAACAGUGAUAAAUAGAAGGUGGACAAAAGUGUCAUUUUCCAAAGAUGCCGCUGAAGUAGUCACUCAAAGCUCUUCCUAAGAUGGGCUGCGUGAAAUCGAAACAAACUUUCCCAUUUCCUACCACUUUUGAGAAUGAUAAGCGACAAACAAGUAAAGAAAGCUUUGUGUCAGAAGAAAGAGUUAUACCUAAGAUGGCUUCUCCAGGUGUUGUCGAAGAAGUGAAGGAACCCUCAGGGCCUGACAUUGUGAUCUUGGAAUUCGCACAGCGCCUGUCCCAGAAAAUCUUGAGUGAAGCCCUGCAGCAGUGGGCAAGCAAUAACAUUAAGUACUAUGACAUUCCUUACAUCGAGAGUGAUGGGCUUGAUGCUGGAGGCCAGUGACACUUUCUUGACCUGUGGAUGUAGUUGGUGCUAGUUAAAGCAAAAAUAGGAGUGAAUAAAUGUAAUACCAUCAAGAGUGUGACGGCAUACCUAAAAGAAAUGUCUUAAUAUAGACUUGUUUAACAGUCAUUUCUGUCUGCUUGGUCUUGGGUUUUUAGUAAUUGAAAGGGCCAAGAAUAGGUCCUGAGGCAGUAGCAGAUAACCACUGGGAAACUUGGGCACUUUCGUGAUUUUUAAAAAGCCACCUCUUUCCAUUUAUACAUGUGCGAAGAGUGGUUUUCUUGAGAGUCCAUGUGAAAGGAAUGACAUUCAAGCCAUUGUGAUCAAACAUUAGAGCAACCCCUAUAGAAGAGGUUCACCUUGAACUCUGCUGUCCUUAAGGUAAAUUUUUGUAGAAAAAAAAGCAAAACCUUUACCUUGAAUCUCAGGAUUAUAACCAACCACAGAUGUUACUGGAUGACUCAGCCUUGUUAUAUAAGGCACGUUACUAGAAUACAAUUUACAAAGUCAUGUCAUGUUUAUAUUAAGGCCAGUGAUAUAACUACAAGAAAACAGAAGUCCUCCUUAGCAAGGCAAAAAGCAGAAGUGAAUUCAGUGCUAGAGGGGUGAUCUAUGGGCACACCCCUUUUCUCUACUGCCUAGAGGUCAGAUUGUGCAAAGGAUUUAUGAUUGUAUAACAAAAGACUGAACAUCCCUGAAGACAAAGUACAGGGGGAAAAAAAGAACAGUAGUUACUAUUUCAAGUUUUGUAUACAUUGUAAUUGGAAAGGGAAUUAUUUAACUGCCAUGUGUGAUAGGUCCUUUAAGACCUAAGUCUUGUGAACUCUUUAUAAACAGGCAGAAAUGCUACCUCUGAUGUCAACAACUGUACUCUGAAACCCACAAGAAUUAUCCAAGUUUCCAAAAGGUGUAACAGAUCCACCUCGAGCCAAAAGUCUAAUCUCUGCUGUCUGACUCUGUGGUGGGACAAUUUUGUCACCAAGCAAUACACCCUCGCCCCUGAAUCUUUUUAUAGAAUAUCUUGUGACACACAGGGACUUAUCUUGGAAACGUACACUGUAUAUAGUAGUCAGCAAGUUAGUGGAUAACCAAGUGGUGGACCAAAAAGCAGGAUAAACAAAUUUGUACCACAUGUGAUAGUUACCAAGACAUCUUAGUCAGCCUUCUUUAUCCACAGGUCCCACAUGCAGGAUUUAACCAACCAUGGAAAGAAAAUACAUACUAUGUAGUUAACUCUGUGAUAAUACAUCAUAACAAGGUAGCAUUUAUACUGUAUUAUUAUAAGUAAUUUAGAGAUCAUUUAGAGGCAUUUAAAGGCUAUAUGCAAGUACUAUGCCAUUUUAUACUGAAGAAUUUAAGCAUCUGUGGGUUUUGGUAUUGGAAGCCCCAGACUCACAGCCUUGAUAGGAUUAUCUUCUGUAGGAUAAUUCCCCUUUUCAUACCUUCAUGCUUAAAUUCUUCAUUUGCUUCAUUAUGAAGGUCAUUCAUGAAAGAGAAGGGCUGUAUAAGAAAGGAAGCACUAUAUGAAGCAGAAGACAAAAAAUUACUAGCUACUGGAAAAGGAUACACUAGUUCUAAUUUAUAUCACAAACAGAUUAAGAAUAGUGGCCACAGAAGAUACACUGCAAAAACCAAGUUUAAAUGUUUACAAGUUAAGGCCACUGUAGCUAGAAGCUCCAGUCUUUACCACUGAAAUGCACUCAGGCUGUCUCUUCCCUUGAACAUCCAGUCAGCACAGGGGCAGAAGAGCCACUGGACCCACCCACAGUGGCCACUGUGGCAGCAGCAGUUUAUCAGGGGCUAUGUGCCCAUUGCUCCUUUACAGAGACUCAAAUAGCCCCAGAGAUGUACGUCUGUGUCUCCUGUGUACCUUGCCUGGCAGCUACGGGCCUUUGAUCAAGAUGUCUUUCAGUUGCCUUAUCAGUUCUUUGCAAACUACCUGUGGUUAUUAGCACUUAAAAGCACAAUUUGGAAGGGAUAAUGUGUUCUUAGUCUCAAAGGAACCAUUUAUGUCAAACUGCCUUAUUAGUGUUUAAAACCCUCUGAAGUAGCAUGAAGCUCAUUUGCUCACUACCACUGGCAUUUUAAGUAUGUUCAUUUUAUGAGAUAAGAAAAAUCUACUUUUGUACAAUACAGUUUUAGACAUCAAAAAGUAGAGAAUUUAUAAAUAAUGUCAAGGAACAGCAAGUUAGAAAUACAUACAGAUUGCUUAAUCAUAACACCAGUCAGACAGGACGUGUCUUCCGUGAAACUCAAGUUUUGUUAGCAAAUUCCUGCCCUGUAAGACAGUUAUGAGAUGGUGUAUAUUUUCCAAAUAUUUUUGUGAAAAGUUUUUUAAACCAUACAAUAAAAAGUCUAGUUACCAUU